AUGGACACCGUCAAUAACGCCCUCGCCUCGGCGUGGAACUGGGCAAAUGACACCUACACGCCGCGGCAGAUCGAGUUCUGGGGUACACUCGGUGUGCAGUUUCUCUUCUUCUGGGUCCCCGCGCUCUCCCUCACCGGCCUCGACUAUGCCUUUCCCGCCUUCUCAGAACGGCACAAGAUCCAGCCCGCACCCAAACAACCCACAACCAAGGAGAUCUUGCACUGCCUCCGCGUGGUGCUCUUCAACCAAGCCCAGUCGAUCGCAACCUCCCUCCUCCUAUCGGCCGUCUCAGCCGCCUGGGACCGGCCCUCCCCCUUCCAGAUGUCGCGUACCCUCCCGUCGGCGGCGGAACUCGCGCGCGAUUUCUUCUUCUGCCUCGUCCUGCGCGAGAUCCUCUUCUACUACGCGCACCGGAUGCUCCACACACGCGCGCUAUACAAGCGCAUCCACAAGAAGCACCACGAGUUCACGGCUCCCGUGGCGCUGGCCGCGCAGUACGCCCACCCGAUCGAGCAGCUGCUGGCCAACACCCUGCCGAUUGUGCUUCCGCCGGCGCUGCUGGGGACGCAUAUUGUUACUAUGUGGCUGGUGCUUGGGGUGAUGCUGGUUGAGACUGCGGCGGUGCAUAGUGGGUAUGAUUUCUGGGCGGGCCUUGCAAGGACGCAUGAUGCGCACCAUGAGAAGUUCACGGUGCAUUUUGGGGCGUAUGGGUGGAUGGAUUGGUUGCAUGGGACGGAUGGGUCGAAGAAGUUGAGGAAGCAGGAGUAG